AUGACAAUGGGAAGCACAACAGUGGAGACGGAAGCAGCAAAAGCAAGCGAAACCUUCUUAACAGCAACAGCUGUAACCGUGGUUUCACAGAAAACACUGCCAGCUGUGAUUGUGAGGCCAACCGUCAUGCGAGGUCUCCACUUGAACGGCCUGGCAGCGCAGGCCGAGGAUUCAGGCAUUCCCACAGUCGAAGACACCCUGUUUAGGUGUAUGGAAAGGGCGUGUCUCAUCCCCAACAGACACGCUUGCAACUUCUCGCGGUGCGGACGAACAGACAAGGGCGUGCAUGCAGCGGGCAACUACGUUUCCCUUGACAUGCGCGUUAUACAAGGGGCAGAUCAGCAAGACAGUGGUGGAUGUACGGCAUAUAUGCCUUUACUGAAUCGACUUCUACCCCCAGAUAUCCGUGUCCUUGCUGCCACUCAGGUCCCUCCUACGUUCGAUGCCAGGUUUGACUGUCUAUUUAGAGUGUAUAAGUACUUCUUUAGCACCGUUGGAUUGGAUAUCUCUAGGAUGCGAGCCGCUGCCAAACAAUUUCUAGGGAUGCACAACUUUCUUCGUUUUUGCAAAGUUGACAAGAAGCAGGAGCGGAGUCUCUGGCGUCGCGUUAUUCGCUUCGAUUUGGAGUUACAGGGAGAUGGGUUCGGCGUAGCGACCAUCGUAGGCGUGUCGUUUUUGUGGCACCAAGUCCGGUAUAUGAUGGCAGCUUUGAUGGAAGUGGGGCGUGGAGCGUGGCCUGCAGCAUGUAUCUCAACUCUUUUGAGGGAAGGCUUGGAGGUAGAAGCAGCAAAGAUGGAUGCUGCCGAGGAAUCUGCAUCCAUGACUAGGACAGGAAGCACGGAAGUGGAAGAAUUGAGACUAGCUAAGGAAAGUUGCUACACGGCGCUUCUCCCGGCGCCAGCAAGCAAUCUCGUUCUCUACGAUUGUUGUUUCGAAGGCCUUUACUUUUCUCGUGCCGGUGCAGUAAACCGCUUAAUGCUAAAACAGGGUGGCACGGAAGCCUUGCAUAGCCCAGCAAAGAAAGUGAGGGAGGCUGGCGCGGACCCACAAAUUUCCAUCGCUCAUCCUGAGUCUGGUGGGAAACAGAACAGUGCUCUCGAAGAUGAGGGCAUACGUAACACGCAAACAGCCUGCAACACCAAUUUGGAAUUUGGCCCUCGCAGCACUGAAGAAUCACGGACAUUCCAGGACGAGUAUAUGCGUUCCGCGCACCGCAUGAUGGUCCUUCGGUGUCUCUGUGAACACUCGUUCCCGCCAUGGUGA